AUGUCCAAGUACGUGCCCCAGUUCAAUAACCUCAUCUUCGACCAGCUCGUGACCAACAAGGGUAAGCUCAACUACUGCGUGCGCUGGGACAACGAUUUGCCUUUGACCAAGGCCACGGCAUCUAAGUUCCAGGCGAUGCUCGAGAAGCAGAUCAACCUUUGGAACCACUGGCUCGUAGGCUAUGGAUGUUGGCCGUACGACCAUAUCGACAUCGAUAUUGUGGGAUACGCUGUGAAAGACAAGUCCAUCAUGGACUGGAGCGACGACUCGCUUGGUACGAUCUACGAGGGUCUUUUGGACGCUGAGGGCAGCCCCAAAUGCCCUGAUGAAUGCUACAAGCACCAGAAUCAAGCUGCCAGUGCCGAUACGAGCGGCUGUAAGGGCAACCCCUUCGACAUGUCGCUCUGGCCGUCGACCAUACCGGGGGAAAACGCCGCUGGCACGGGCAGUGACUGGGGUCAGCGUAUCCAAGUGAACGACAUGCUCAACACCAUGGACCAGGAGCAGAUGAGGGUACUGCUUCACGAGAUUGGCCAUGGUUUCGGUUUGCCGGAGAUGUACCUGAAUGAGAACAAGCCUUCGGAUUACCCUGUCUGCGUCAUGGAUGGAGAAUUCUCGCUCACAGACGGCGAUGGCUGGCUGCUUCGUAGCAUCCUGGAGAACAUUAAGUCUCGUUACAACUUUUGA